AUGAACCUGAUGAGGAGGAUACUCCUAGGGCUGCUGGCGGUGAGCAGCACAGUGGCCCACUGCAGGGAAGUGAAGAACAAGCUAUUUAAAGGCAUCAAAAGGAACACCAAAUUUUUAGUGCUGAAUGAGCCCAUUGUGCAUUUGGGGCUGAGCGAAGGGCUGCUGCACACCCUGCUGUUUGAUUUAGAGAUUGGAGAUAGCCUAUACACCCUUGACGAGCAUCUCCUGAACGAGCAGAAUUUGAAGCACACCAAUGUUUUUCACCUACUGAUGGACGUAUACAAGCAGGUGCAGAACAGCCAGGGGGGAGACGCCAUUCGCUACGUGUUCCUCUGCUCCGCUUUCACCAGAGUGCACCCCCUAAAUUUGGAGCUUCUGCUGAGGAAGCUAAACAAGUACAUUUACGACGGGCGCAGCCACGAAAAGGGGGACAUAGACGUGGGCGCGAUUCUCGGGGAGUACUCCGCGGAGGUGCGGGCGAAGCGGGCCGCGCGCAGUGCUAUCGGCAGUGACAGCGGCGGGAGCCCCGCCAAGGACCUCGUCGAGCGCAUGCUGAAGGACGAAGUGGACUUCCUUUCGAGUGAGGACCAGGAGGGGAGUGACAAGUUUGUGAAGCCAGGGGGCACGUACAAGGGGCUCUUCGUUGGCUACGGGUUUGGCGGUCAAGUGCCGUCUGGCGAAAGUGGCCCUCCCCACAAGGGUGGGUUGCUCUUCCCCUCCCUAAACAGCGGCAUCAUAAUAGACAUCACCCUGUUAAGGCGCCUUUGCAACCACUUGGCGGCGAAUCCCUCCGAGGAGAGCGUCAAGCUAAUGAAAGACAACGUGCAAGAGCUCUCCAACUACAUCGGGGAGCACCUACACGUGAAGCUAACCCCAUUUGAAAAUGCCUGCCCCACGGAUAGGCACAACAUCUUCCUCGUUGAGAACGAGGGGGGGACAAACUACGACGUGUAUAGGUACCACCUCGUGCUGCAUCUAUUUGGGGACUACAAAAAGGGUAGUCAUGCUGGUGAGACGGGUGCCCAUCUGGGAGGACCCACUGACUCCGCCCUGGAACUGCCGAGCGACGCCGCUCAAGAACGCCCCACUGAUGCCCACCUGGCGCAGCUAAUCGUCGCCUACUUCAGCCUUGCCUACUCCAUAUCCACGUGCGCGAGCUACUCCGUCCGUUCCAAGCAGGAGACCUUCGUCGACUACGACAGCUACCACCUCAUGAGCAUCGAAAAUGAAAUCAAGCUGCACAAGUACAUCAAAGAGACUGAGGACGUUCAGUACAACUCCAUUGAGGAGUAUAAAAGCAAGUUGCAUCAAAUUAAUAAAAAAUAUGAUGCCUUAUUUGAUGAAGGCCAACGUAACUGGACCCACAAAAAUGUGCUGCUCGCCGUGGUGACGAGUGCUCAAACGGAACACCGCAUAGCCCACGUGAAGAGUACCUACGAUAAUAAGGAGAACACGGAGCGGGUGUUUAAUUCGUACCAGCCUCACGGGGGGGAGGGCAACACGAAAGGCUUCGUUGGAGAGAGUGCCUCCGGGAGGGGGGACAAACCGAAGGAGCAACCCCGCGCAGGGGAAAACCUCCUCAACCACGACUUCCUCAAAAGCGCCUUCGAAAAUGAAAAUGUAGACGUCGAAGUGGUUUACUUUUCAGAUGAGGAGAGCAAACGGUAUGAUGAUAUGCUCCACCUGAAGGGGGGGGGCGAAGAAGGGGACCAUCCAAAGGGGGAUGCGGGGGACUCUCCACAGGGGGAGGAACUCCCAAAAAAGGAAAAGCAUAUCAUUUACUACCUUUAUGAGGAGUACGUGAGGAAGAACUCCGCAAUAGAUUUCUUUUUCAUUUGCCAUGACGACACCUUUGUCAACGUAAAAACGUUAAUCGAUGUGCUCAACUUAACUCGCAACGAAUGCACCCACGCGAGGAGACACAUGUUUGGGAAGUACGUCAAGGCGUUUGAUCACAUGGAUGAGAGGGAAGACGCUUUUUUGAAAAACUUCGGAAAAGGAUACCUUCACCUGUAUAGGUACCUCAAGACAAACUUCGUCCAAACGAUUGACGCGCUGAAGAGGUACGACUACCUGCCGAGCUACUGCAAAGGGGGGGGGGCAGGCAAGGGCGCAUCUGGCGGGGCGACGCUCACCGGUGUGCCGCUCUACAUCGGGAAGAGGUACUCUGGCAACUCCUCCGCAGGGGGGGACAGCGGCUUGGUCCACUACUUGGCGGGUGCCUCCGGGAUGGUGCUCAACGGGGAGGCCAUCAAAAGGAUGUACUUCUUCAAGGGGGCUUGCGGUGUGGGGGCCGCAGUAGCCGCGGACGGAGCCACUGACGGAGCCGCUGCCAGCGGAGAGUGCGACGCGCGGCUGCUGAACGACGCCGCCCUGGGCCGGUGGGCCAAGGCCGUGGGCAUCCUGCCCAUCGACUUCGAAGGCUUCUUCCCCAACGCACCCGAGCAUUACCCCCCAGACUACCUGAGCACGAUCAAGCCCGUCUCCUUUCACCAGCUGAAUGAGGGGAGGACCGCCAAUCAAACGAAGGAGGCCUUCUUUCACCACCUAGUUGGUCCCACCCAAAGGAGAAACAAAACGAACCAUGAGGAGGCAGACACGUCAGUGGAUUACCUCGAAAGAAAUUAUAAAAAUACAAUCGACAGCAUCUUUCACUUCUUCUUCUACGUUAAUAUGGCCGAAGAGUGCAAAUCAGCUGAUUCUAUAAUAAAAGCAACGGAACGGAUUUACAGUAAAAUGGGCUCUAGCAAAAGGUUUAAUCACCUCUUUGAUAUGGCCACCUUCUUUACUGGGGACGUGGAAGAUAUGCUCCACUUCCAGAAGAGGUCAGCUGGCAAGGAGACCUACACAAACAAUUAUGUGCAACGGAAGGGGGGGGAGCCAGAUGGGCAACGUCGCCCUGGCAGGGGGGAAGCGGGUGACUUCAACAAAGCGGACGAUUUUGCCCCACUGGACGACUUGGGCGAAGCGGACGACUGGGGGGAAGAAGACCACCUGGGCGACAUGGACUUGGGGCCGCUCGGCGAUCUGGACGAGGAGGAGCAGUUCGAUGACGAUGACUACGACUAUGAGAAGUACCUGGACGGGAUAGAGGCGCAUAAGCGGGGCAGCGGUAGCGGCAGCGGUAGCGUGGAUGACCAGCCGGAGGACCCCGAGUGGCCUGGCGGGAGCGAUGACAGCUUGGAUCUGCCUCCUCACGGCGACGGCGGCAGCGAUGACAGUUUGGAUCUGCCUCCUCACGGCGACGGCGGCAGCGAUGACAGUUUGGACCUCCCCCCUGAUGGUCCCGACUACAGCGACGACAGUUUGGACCUCCCCCCUGAUGGUCCCGACUACAGCGAUGACAGCUUUGAUCUGCCCCCCGAAGGAAGCGAAUUGUAG